AUGGAUUUUGCAUCAGUACGAGGAAAAUCGAAUCUCGUUUCUUUCGGCACGGUAGAUGAAUGGCCAAGUGAUCGGUGUGCGGCAAAAGCGGCGGCACUCGCUCGGAUGGGUCGAUGUGCUCACUGCGUCGAACGCCGGCGAGACACGGUGAAGUUCGCGCUGUGCCACUGCCGCGGUCGCUGGUCGUCGACGACGUCGCCCGGCUUGUGGUCGUCGCAAUUUGACUCGCUGAAAAUUUCACGGCAGUUCAUGAGAGCAUUUCAGAGUGGAAGCGGCACGAAGAGUUGGACGAAGAGACGGAUAGCAAAGAGGGACAACAGAAACGGGUCAACAACGACGGCCACGGCAAAAUCCGAGUCCUCGCAGCAUCGCAGACCGACCACCGUUCCGGCCGCCGGCCUCGGCUACCUCGAUCCGUAUCGCAGCGGUCGUCCGAGUGACAGAGUGACAGAGUGA